UACUAUGAGGAGCAACGAACUGCCUACGUGCCCUUAUUCCCAAGCGUCAGUACCUAGCCCCGCCUCCACGCGCCGCCCAGCGUCGAAACUACUGUACGUGCCCUUAAGUAUUCCCAAGCGUCAGUUCCUAUCCCCGCCUCCUCGCGCUCAGUUGCUAGCAUCGCCUCCCACCGCCAUGGCUUCCUCCUGGCGCUCCUGUGACUCCUGGCCGGACAAGCGAAACGCGGCCAAGCACCUCGACGAAGGGACUAUGGGGAUCACCACCGCCGCUCUCGACAUCCUCAGCACCUGCAGGUUGGCUCGCGCCCUUCCUCAUUGCCGUACCGCGAUCCGGGACGACCCCAACCGCCACCCGUUCGGCGUGCUAGGCCUGCUACACCGUGACCCCAACUUAUUGCCGGAUGGAGACCACGAAAAACAUAUGUUGCAUGCCAAGCUGAUGCCACUAGACAAUCCCAUGAUACCAGCAGUGGUCACAAUCAUGGAUCCAGGAGAUGAAGGGGCGGGUGCUGACAAGAACUGGGUGGGCGGGAGGGGGGAGUGGAUGGCAAUGAUCCACGGCAUGGAUCGUUGGACUCUGAAGAACUACUACAGACAGAUUGAACUGCCGCAGCAUCCACCCGAUUAUUACGAAAAUAAGCAUUGUUACAAGCUUUCCAAGUGGCCCAAAAACACACCCACAACCCCAAUGCAUUCCAUCCACUGACCAAACAGCUGUGGCGCAGUGUCAGGGACAUGAGGCAGAUCAAAGGCAACACGGAGUACAAACCACAGAAAUCUUGCAAGGGGACAGUGCGCCCACAUAACUGGCACUUAGUAUCCCCCUUCCGUCCUCUAUGUUUCAAAUUAUCCUUAGUUAAAAUGCUUCUAUUUAGCACAACUCACAGAAAAAUCCUGAUUUUAAGAGGAAUUUUGACCUUCCAAAGAAGAUGGUGAGGAUAGUUCCAGUCAGUUCUUUUUAAAGUUCUGUGAAAUGUAACACAUUUUUCCCUUGUGGUUCAACUACAUCUCCAACUAAAACCUCGGUAGUAAAGCAAAUGUUGUAAAGCAGAGGAUUAAGCAGCUUAAGAGGUUUGUCAGCACACCACCAAUCUUCCCAAAAUCUAGUUGCUUUUCCACAACCUUUUUUUUCCAAAGACUGUAGAAGACAUCUUUAACAUGUAGCAGCCCAGACCAAAAUUGAGAAUUGCCAGCCCUAUGAGGGACCCCAGCUGAACAUUGAGAUUUAGCAUAUUUGGUCUUGCUAGAGUGACUGUGUGAUGUGCUAAGUGUGAUGUAUUGUUUUCUCCCAUUGCCUACACAAAAGACUCACUACUGUUCACCCAGGAUGGGCGGCUACUUGUACAUGCUUUUACAAAUGUUCCUGGUUAUCAUGUGGUUUUUUUGUUUCCGUAAAAAAAUGUCAACCAAGUUCAUACCGGUUGCAGGUCAGGCUGAUUGGAUCCGUUCCUGGUUAUCAUGUGGGCCCCAAUAUUAAAA